AUGUCCCAAGACUACAGCUACAACACAUCAAUGAUGCCACCGCAGUCGCCGGCGGUGGCACGCAACUGCCUGCCGCUCCGCUUCAGCGACGGGCCGAGGCAGGAGGUGCCCUUCCCGACCGUCACGGCGGCCAUCUUCCACCAGGCCAGGACGAACCCGUCGGGGCUGGCGGCGCGCGACCUGACGUCAAAGACCAACGCGGCGGUGCGCGAGGUGACGUACGCGACGCUGGCCCGGCGCGCCAGGGCGCUGGCCGCCAAGCUGCGGCGGCUGGGCGUGCAGCCGGGCGACAGGGUGCCGCUGGUGGUCAAGCGCGGCAUCGAGAUGCUGGUCGGCAUCGUGGCCGUGCUAUCGUGCGGCGCGCAGUACGUCCCGCUCGACGGCGGCGUCGUCCCGGACUCGACGCUCAAGGUGGUCCUGCGCCAGGCCGGCGAGCGCCUCGCCCUCGUGCUGCCCUCGACCGAGUACCGCGUCCGCAGCGUCAGCGUCGACUGCGUCACCGUCGUCAUCCCCGUCGUCGAGGGCGACGAGGCCGAGGCCGAGGCCGAGCGGGAGCGGCUGGGCGAGUACGAGAAGGCCGCGGCCGAGGAGGGGUUCGUCGACCUCGCCAGGCCCGAGCUUGGCUGUUAUGUCAUUUACACUUCUGGCACCACCGGUGAGCCAAAGGGCGUUGAUGUGAUGCACAGCAACGUCACAAACCUUCUCUGUCUUGGUCCUGGAAACCUUGGCAUCCGGCCCGGAAUGAGCGUUGGGCAGGUCCUGAAUAUCUCGUUUGAUAUGGCCGCUUGGGAGAUUCUUGGAUGCUUGUGCAAUGGAGGCACGCUGGUUCUUCGCGGGUCUGACUGGCUGCCGACUAUUAAGGAGAUUGACGUCCUCAUUUGCACGCCCAGCAUCCUCGCCAAGUACAACCCUGCAGAAUUCCCUAGGAUCAGGACGGUGGCUACUGCCGGAGAGCCCAGCAACCAGAGGCUGGCGGACCUCUGGGCGACCCACGGUACAUACUACAACUGCUGCGGCCCCACGGAAACAACAAUCGUUAACACCAUGUCCAAGCAUGUACCCGGUGCUCCCCUCUCCAUCGGAGCUCCCACACCAAACAACUCGGUCUACAUCCUCGAUGAGCACCUCAACCCCGUGCCCUUUGGAGAGCCUGGAGUGAUGUGGGCUGGAGGUGCUGGUGUCUCUCGGGGAUACAUUGGUCUGCCCGAGAAGACGAAGGAGAGGUACCUGCCGGAUCCGUUUGCAAGCAACGGGACCCAAAUGUACAACACGGGUGAUCUGGGCAAGUGGAACCAAGAUGGAAGCAUUGACAUCCUGGGACGAGUGGAUGAUCAAAUCAAGAUCAAGGGAUUCCGCGUUGAGCUUGAUGGUGUCUCUGCCUCGCUCUUAUCCGGCGCCGGCGUCACUGGUGCUGUUGCUCUCUUCAUGGACAAUGAAAUCCACGGCUUCGUCUCCCCGCGGGGUUGUGACUUGGAUGCCCUGAAGGAGCACCUCUCAAAGCGUCAGCCCUACUAUGCCGUGCCUACAAAGUUCCACUGCUUGGAUGAGCUCCCGCACACGGCCAACGGCAAGCUGGACAAGAAGGCCCUUCGUGAGUAUGCGGCAACCAAGCAGAGCCUCGCACCGGCGUCGGACAGCAACAUCUCCCAGACCAGCAACAGCAGCAAGCUGUCGGAUACCACCGUGGCACCCUCGAUCGACGAGAAGAAGGAGAUGCAGCAGCCGAUGGACCUCAACGCCGACGUGCCAGACAAGACGUGGAAGAAGCCGAUUCGCAACCUCGUCUACCGCGUCUUUAUCGUGUACCGGUUCCUGUUCUCGGUUAUUGGCAUUGCCAACCUUGUCGCCCUGGUCUGCAUCCUUGCGACCGGUGUCCCGCGCGUGUGGCUUUCCAACAUGACGGCCAUAAACCUCGUCUUGGCCGUUCUCAUCCGCCAGGACCACGUCAUCAACGCCCUCUACACCUUGUGCUGCUCGAUACCCAGGUCCUGGCCACUCGGCAUCCGUGCCCGCGCCGCAAAGAUCUACCACCUCGGCGGCCUGCACUCCUCCGCCGCCUUUUGCGCAGCCGUGUGGCUGCUGGCGUCGACGGUCAACGGCGCCGUCUGCUCCCUCACCGACUGCGGCCUCGCCUCUGGUCCUCAGCAGUCGGUCGCGUCGGCCUUUGUCUCGUGGCUGCUGAUCAUCAUGUUCGGUGUCAUGUUCGCCUUUGCGUACCCGCCCAUCCGCAAAAAGCACCACGACAGCUUCGAGCUCGUGCACCGGUUCGUGGGCUGGUCGAUGCUGGGCCUCUUCUGGAUCGAGACCUUCAUCAGCGCCAACGACGUGUCGCGGGCCACGGGCAUCGAGCUCCACGCCGCCCUGGCCCAGUCGGCGCCCAUCUGGCUGCUCGCGGUGGCCACGUUCAGCAUCGCGCUGUCCUGGAUGUACCUCAGGAAGGUGCCGGUCGACGCCGAGGUGCUGUCGGACCACGCGGUGCGGCUCCACUUUGACUACACCGUCCCGGUCAACGGCAGCUUCGCGCGCAUCUCGACGCGCCCGCUGUACGAGUGGCACUCGUUCGCCACGGUGCCGGCGCCGCAGCCGGCCAACGGGCGGCCGGCGGGCUACUCGCUGGUCGUGUCCAACGCGGGCGACUGGACAAAGUCGAUGAUCCAGAACCCGCCGCGCCACCUGUGGGUGCGCAGCGCGCCGACGUGCGGCGUCAUGCGCGUCGCCACCCUCUUCAACCGCGUCGUCGUCAUCGCCACCGGGUCCGGCAUCGGCCCGCUCAUGGGCCACAUCCAGCGGCCCUCGUGCGCCACCCAGCUCAUCUGGAGCACGCCCAGCCCGGAGAAGACGUUCGGCAAGGGCCUGAUCGACACCAUCCACGCCUCCAUCCCCGAUGCCGUCAUCCACGACACGCGCGCCCUCGGCCGGCCCGAUCUGAUGAAGAUGGGCUACAACCUGGCAAAGAGCUUUGGGGCCGAGGCCGUCAUCAUCAUCGCCAAUGAGAAGAUCACAAAGAAGGUCGUCUAUGGACUGGAGACGAGGGGGGUUCCUGCCUAUGGCGCCAUUUGGGAUAGUUGA